AUGGAUCUGCAGAACCGCAGUUGUGUGGCAGUUGUGUGGUUGUUGUGUGGUUGUUGUGUGGUUGUUGUGUGGCAGUUGUGUGGUUGUUGUGUGGUUGUUGUGUGGCAGUUGUGUGGUUGUUGUGUGGCAGUUGUGUGGUUGUUGUGUGGCAGUUGUGUGGUUGUUGUGUGGCAGAUGUGUGGUUGUUGUGUGGCAGUUGUGUGGUUGUUGUGUGGUUGUUGUGUGGCAGUUGUGUGGUUGUUGUGUGGCAGUUGUGUGGUUGUUGUGUGGCAGUUGUGUGGCAGUUGUGUGGUUGUUGUGUGGCAGUUGUGUGGUUGUUGUGUGGCAGAUGUGUGGCAGUUGUGUGGUUGUUGUGUGGCAGUUGUGUGGUUGUUGUGUGGUUGUUGUGUGGCAGUUGUGUGGUUGUUGUGUGACAGAUGUGUGGUUGUUGUGUGGCAGUUGUGUGGUUGUUGUGUGGCAGUUGUGUGGUUGUUGUGUGGUUGUUGUGUGGCAGUUGUGUGGUUGUUGUGUGGUUGUUGUGUGGCAGUUGUGUGGUUGUUGUGUGGCAGUUGUGUGGUUGUUGUGUGGUUGUUGUGUGGCAGUUGUGUGGUUGUUGUGUGA